AUGGGCAACUCCAACUCGACUGAAAGCAAUCAUUCCGAUCGACACAACGUCAAUGCCACUUCAAGUACAGGUGGUUAUCCCAUUGACAAGAAAUCGCCAGCACCACCCAUAGUAACCCCCUCAUCGCAUAAAGACACGGACCGUCGCAUACCCUUCCGCUUAUCCGUAACGUCUUACACUGCUGAUAACGACAGCGAUCGACCUCCAGAUUCUGCUACCAGCGACAUUUCAGUCAGUGGCAUGGGUGGUGAAGAACGCAUGUGGCCUUCUUCAUUGUCGUCGUCGCCUGUUGGUAGUAGUAGCAACAACCCCAACACUGCCACCCCAACCAUAAGCAAUACCACACCCGCUACCACCACAACCGCUGCCACGACGACCACUGCUACGCCUACAACACCUUCCACCACCACUACCAAUACCGCCACUACCACCACAACAACAACAGCAACGCAUGCACCAAGAGCAGUACCACUCUCAACAGGCAAAUCUGGAUGGGUCUCUAGUACAGGCAAUACAAGUCCAUGGUAUGGCGGCUCUUUAUCAUCAUCCACCUCAUCACAUCAUCGAAGCGAUUCUGUUCGUGGCCCCUAUUAUCGUGCUCGAGCUAUGAGUGUCAAUCGAGACUCUGAAGCAGAUGACGAAUCAUCAACCAUUACACAGCAACGUUUUAACCGGAAUCCAAGCAUGAUUCGUGAUUCACAACAAAAAGGCAUUCCUACCAUCAUCACUUGGGCCCAAGGAGGACAAAAUGUCUAUGUCACUGGUACUUUCAAUGGAUGGAAACAUAAGAUAAAGUUGGUCAAGAGCACACAAGAUUUUACGGCGGUUUUAGAGCUUCCACCGGGAACACAUCGAUUAAAGUUCAUUGUCGACGAUGAGUGGAAAUGUUCGAAUGAAAUGGAAACGGCUACGGAUCCUGAUGGCAACUUGGUCAACUAUCUUCAAGUAUCGGAUGAAUAUGAGGACUCGCUGGAUGAAUUUGGUGAUAGCAAAACAGAUCAAGGAUCAAGAUCAUCUACACCUACGGAAGAAUACACAUCACAGAUACCAGCCGAUUUAUUAGCACUUGCAGCCAACAUGUCAGAAGAUGAACAAGGACAAAAGAUUACAGCUGAAUGGGAACAACGACAGCCUCAACCGCCUUCUUUACCACCCCACUUGGAAACAGUGUUACUCAAUUCUCAAGCCAUCAGCGAGGAAGAUAAUUCAGUAUUACCGGAACCCAAUCAUGUCACCUUGAACCAUCUCUAUGCAAGCUCCAUAAAAGAUAACGUCAUGGCUCUAUCAACAACCACUCGGUAUCGGAAAAAGUAUGUCACGACAAUGUACUAUCGUCCAGUGUUUCCAAAGAGGUAG